AUAGUUCAGUUUGAAGUCAUGACUUCGCCUAGACGUGUCUGCUUUUUCCUGUUUAUGGUUUUAAUUGUAUUUUCGCUUGUUACCCUCUAUUUUAAUACCAACACCAUUGAAACGGCGGUUAAAAGUGAUCUCAAACAUACUUUGGAUCCUCUUUACGAAAAGAUCAGAGUUCUGUGCAUGAUACCCUAUGAUUAUAAAAAUCCCGAUGCAGCCAAAUAUGUGAAACGCACUUGGGGAAAACACUGCAAUGUAUUGCUUUUCGUGGGUGGCGAUAUCGAUGGUGAAUUGGAACCCUAUGUGCCCGUGAUCAAUUCAACGGAUAGGUGGACUUUGGUGCAACAAGGCCUGAUGCACGCAUACCGUUUUUACGCCGACCAAGUUGACUGGUUCCUCAGAGUCGAGCCUUCGAGCUUUGCAGUUGUGGAGAAUCUUCGGUUUUUGAUAGACAGAAGGAAAUAUCAGCCCACCCAACCGAUCUACUUCGGCUACGAGCUCGAGAAUAUCAUCACACAUGAGCCCUUUAUCACCGACCUGAGUGGCUAUGUGAUCAGUCGAGAGGCCUUGAGACGAUAUACGAACGCCUCGAAGGAUCCCGGGAAUAAGGAAUGCCUCCACUGGGAGGGAUAUGUCGAAGGACUGGAUCUAUUUCGCUGCCUGAGUCAUGUCGGUGUACAAAUAGUCGAAAGUCGGGACGAAUUCGAGCACGAGACAUUUCUGCCCAUCACGAUGGACUUUCAUUUCUUGGUUGGCUACGAUCACAUAAAGUGGCUUCGUAACUUAACCUAUCAUAAAGUGCCCGGGCACACAGUUCCCAUAUCCAAACGCGCAAUAAGUUUUCGGGUGGAAUAUCCGACUGAAAUGUACGAUUACUAUUACUUUGUAUAUCGAAUGAAAAUCUUUGGCACCCCCGUGCAAAACUCUAUAGAAUUUAGACCAUAAUAAAGGGCUCACCUCUGGCAGCUGGCGUGGA